UACGCCCAUAUACUAUACUUUUAACAUAUAUAGUACAUAGAUUUACUCAUUUGUACACGCCUACCAAAAAAUAAAUUACCGUAGAUUGUUGUAUUUUUUAGACGUGAGCAAACAGCGGUUUGAUGAAAAACAAGGGUCAGUUUAAAGGUCAAAGUUGACGAAAAGCUUGUAGUGCUAACAAACUUGACGUUUUGACUGUAAAAGGCCGCGUCCUGACCGCGUGCCCAGUCGUAUGUUUAUUCUGUCGUAUAUAUACGAAAAAGAGGUAGGAGAGUGGAGGGGAGGAGGUUUAAAAGAAAGUAAUAAUCGAACACAUAAAGAGGAUCUACUUAUGAGUGUCUUGUUUGUGUACAUGAAACUGUUGACUGUCGAUUGAAAACUAUUCUAAACGCCGCUCUUCAAAAUGUUCUCAAAAUGAAAUAGGAUCGGACCGAUCGAUUCGAAUAUGACCACUCACGUUCGAAUUGAGGGCGGGUCUCUUUCAUUAUUUCUUUCUUUAAAAGUCUUAUAACCUCUUCUUUUUUCCAUUCAUUCUUUUUUUCUCUCUCACUCUUUCUAUCAUUCUUUUCUCAUUCUUCCUUUUAAUCUUUUUUCGGCUGAUUAGGCGCUUAUUGAUACAGGUGUUUCAAUUACUGAUUAGCCUUAUCUAUAACGCAGAUGGAGACUACGAUGCAACAAGCAAAAUCUUUGGGCUUUAGCAUGAAGGAUAUCUUGGAUAUGCCGAACAACUCUACUGGAUCACCAAGCGUACUACAAGACAACCCCUACGCUCAAUGGCUGGCGGAUCAUCAACCUUUUUCCAUGCACCAGCAAUCGACGACUGCAGUCGGAGAUGAACAACGUCAAAGAAAGACUCCAUCGAGCCCGUCAGAUCACGGUAGCGCUGUUCACGACUCGUCGCCCAAUAAACACGAAGAUGAUGAAGAGGAGGAGGAUGAUAGUGAGGUAAAUUCCGAGAAUGAAAAUCAAGAGAAUUCAACGUCGACCACCGACGAACCAAAGACCGACGGUCCUCCUAAAAAGAAAAAGCGUCGAGUACUGUUUUCCAAGGCACAAACAUACGAAUUAGAACGUCGUUUUAGGCAACAACGUUACUUAUCCGCCCCAGAAAGGGAGCACUUGGCAAGCAUCCUUCGACUCACGCCCACUCAGGUAAAAAUUUGGUUCCAGAAUCAUAGAUAUAAAUUGAAAAGGGCAAGACAAGAAAAGGGCUUACAUGACGCCAUAAACCCCUUACCAUCACCAAGAAGGGUUGCUGUUCCUGUGCUAGUUAGGGACGGCAAGCCAUGCCAUCCAAUUCCAAGACCUCCACAUCAUCAUCAACCACAUCCGUCCAUGGCGGCUAUGGCUCCAUAUGCGCAAAGCGACUUUAUUGCAGCGGCACCAUCCUGCGCUUUAGGUUCAUGUUCGCCAUUUUCAUCAUCACCCUACUGCCCUCCUCCUCCUCCUACCGUGCCUUCCUACAGUAUGCCUCCUCCGCCGCCCCCCUCCUACGGACAACUGGGGUCGCGUUCAGCGGCUUGGUGGUAGAAAAACUAUUAAUUUAUACUUACG